AUGCCAAGAAAAAGAGGUUUCCUGCUCAAACACCGGGUCAACCUCCUUUUCCGGAGAUUUUUCCGGCGACGACGCUCGGCGGCGUCCUACCGCUGCCUCGACCCAUCUCUUCCCGACCGGUUCAGAUCCGUAUCAAGACUCGCGGCGUGGACCCGCCGCCUCAGGGCGAAGGCAGGGGCGAUUCUGCAAACAGGGCGUGGGUACAUCCGGGUCGGGCAAGAACCGGUUUCCAGUCCCGGACCCGUUCCGAAGGGACACAUGGCGGUGUACGUCGGCCAAAAAGACGGCGAUUUCGAGAGGGUUUUGGUGCCGGUCGUUUAUUGUAACCAUCCUCUGUUCGAGGAUUUGCUGAGGGAGUCCGAAAAGGAAUACGGGUUCAACCACCCGGGCGGGAUAACCAUACCCUGUCGGAUCUCGGACUUCGAGCGGGUCAAGACCCGAAUUAAGGAGGUUCAGUGCGCCCGGAAAUUGCUGACGUGGAGCUGGAGAAAAUGA